GUCAAACCAUUUGCCCAGGCAGCAUACACGGCAGGUAAACCGGCGACAGCUGUAUCUGCGGGAGAAGUUGGAGCCCUGCAAUCAGCCCCACCACCAGUUUGGGAGGGAAGGGCUAUUGCUACACAUAAAUUAAGGCUGGUGGAGUUUUCUGCUUUCAUGGAAUCACCGAACAGAGAAGAAUAUCAAAAACAUCUUUUCGUACACAUAGGAGGACCAGCGCUGUCAUACUCAGAUCCCCUGCUCGAAGCAGUGGACGUUCGGCAGAUAUACGACAAAUUCCCCGAGAAGAAGGGCGGACUGAAAGAAUUGUACGACAAAGGUCCUCAAAACGCCUUCUUCCUCGUUAAGUUUUGGGCGGACCUAAACUCAAACAUUCAAGACGAGACAGGAGCCUUUUACGGAGUCACGAGUUCGUAUGAAAGUAACGACAAUAUGACGAUAACCUGUUCCACGAAGGUUUGCUCCUUUGGCAAACAAGUCGUGGAAAAAGUGGAGACGGAGUAUGCUCGAUACGAAAAUGGAAGAUUUGUAUAUAGAAUUAAUCGAAGUCCGAUGUGCGAGUAUAUGAUCAACUUUAUUCACAAGUUAAAACACUUACCUGAGAAAUACAUGAUGAACAGUGUGUUAGAGAAUUUUACAAUCUUACAGGUUGUAAGUAACAGAGAUACUCAAGAAACUCUCUUAUGUACUGCGUACGUAUUCGAAGUAUCGACUUCGGAACAUGGAGCGCAACACCACAUCUACAGGCUUGUGAAAGACUAG